CUUUAUAUAUAAGACUUGCAUCAAUAUUACUAUUAUUCCAACAUCUACUUUCUCCAAUGGCUUCUUCCUUCUUCUGUUCAACCAAAUUCCUACUACUCCUUAUUCUCCUCUCAGCAAUCCCAAUCGCCGUAAUAAUCUCCCUGGAAUCCGCCACACCAACCACCCACCACUACCAGUUCCACAGCACCGGUUGGUUCAGGGAAUCAAGCAAAUGGGACGAAGUGAACCGCCGGUUCAUAGUCUCCUUCACGGACACUGGUGGUCUUGGUGUUGUUUAUGUUCCAGAUGACCAUAAGGCUAACGCUGUUCUUGAAGAGAUCCCGGUCGUUAAAAACACGGACCACGUUGGUAACGGAACCUGUGGUGUUUUUAUUGACCGGGUUAGGAACCGUGUGGUUGUGGCGAUUGCAGAUGUGUUUGGUAACAGGUUUAGUGCGGUUGCUGCUUAUGAUUUGGAUUCGUGGGAACGCUUGUUUUUUACUCAGCUUAGUACUUCAGGUGGUGUAAAAAGCUUUGCAGACGAUGUAACCGUCGAUUCAGAAGGGAAUGCAUACGUAACAGACGCCAAAGGUACUCAAAUAUGGAAAGUUGGGGUCGACGGGAAACUUAUAUCAGUCAUAAAGAGCCCAUUAUUUCACGCCAAAGAAUGGUACAAUGACAUAGUUACCCUCAACGGGAUUGUCUACCAUCCGAACGGUUACUUGCUUGUGUCUCACACGAUCACUGGAAACCUCUUCAAAGUUGAAAUCAACAAUGGCGACAAAGUCACACCGGUCAAUCUUGACAGUACGCUGUUUAUUGCUGAUGGUUUGGAACUUUUGUCACCUACCAAACUUGUGGUGGCUGGAGCCAAUGGUGUGAAGUUGGUUGAGAGUAACGAUGAUUGGUCAACCGCUUCACUUGUUGGAAGGUCGCGUGUGCUUACACAUAGGAUUGCAACCGCAGCUACAGUGAAGGACGGAAAGGUGUAUAUUAAUCAUGCACUUGGUAUGGGCUACCCAAAGAAGAAACAUGUUUUUGUUGAGGCUGCCUUUUCUUAGAUCUUAAUUUUACUUCGGGUUGUAGUUGUAUAUUGAUUUAUGUUGUAUAAUAAUCUAUGAUUAUGCAACAGGAAAAUUGAAGGUUGAGCUGUUUACCUUUUUUACUAAAACCGUUUCAAAA